AUGUCGGACAAACAGUUACAACCCCACAUUAAUAUACCGAUAGAAAUAACCGAUCGGCCUCUGUUUGAUGAUGGCUUGGUCAAUGUUAAGGAAAUAUUCGUUUCUGAGAUGAAGAGAAUUGAUGAGGAGAUGGCAAAAUUCAGUGCUAACCUCAUGGGUAUAUACAGUCAAACCGACACCACCUUGACCACGUCAAAGGAGAAGCCAGCAAAACAGGUGAACUGGGAACUCCUGAACACUUCCCCCCUUAUAGAGGGGGAGGGAGAGAAUAGGGUGAUCAAGCUGCGGUUCGAUUUGAGCGAUUUUGAUGCUACUGAGGUUAACGUGAACGUAAUAAACGAUCUCCUCGAAGUAACUGCAUCUCAUGAGAUAAACACUGACAACAAAACAACAGUGCGCGAGUACAGAAGGGAGUUUCGCUUCCCCCGAGGAGUGGAUCCGGAGAGGAUAGUCUCCUCUCUGACCAGGGAGGGGGUGCUGAUGGUCCAAGCGCCUUUCCCCCCUGUGGAAAAUAGUUUGGCUAUAAAAUAA